AUGGCCGCUCCCUCAAGCGCUCGUAUACGUGUUCGGCUCAAUUCCACCCAGCCAUCAUUCACCACUCACAUCGCCACAACAACGCUCCCCUCGACGACACGCGUCUCCUCCUCCGACCCACGCCGCCGAAUGGCUCGGCAUUCUUGUCCCCACUACGGCGGCACUUCUGCCGGCAUUACUCCGGCGCCAGCCGAGGAUGAUGUGCCGAGCCCCGGAGAGAACUAA